AUGAUAAAGCACGCGAGAAACUCCAGAGUCUUGAAUCACUAUGGCUUACAUAGCAAUCCUUGCUUCCCUUUAGUAUACUGCCUCCUCGCCAACCGCAUCCAGUUCCUCAAAGAGCAGACCGCUGCCAAGCAUCAGAGCGUCAGCCGCGCGCGAGCCACCCUCUGCGAAGUCGUCGCCACCAAGAUCCUGCGCAAGUUCCACGAGGACAACACCCCCGAGAGGUCGGGCUCCGCUGGUCUGUUGCGCCUGGCCAAUGUCCUCGUCCAAGGGUUCGAUCCUUUCUCAGGGGCUCCGGAAGAUGUCAUCCGCGUUGGGAGAUAUACGCACUGGCCGGUGCAAGAGCGCGGCGGCCAAGAGGGAAAGCUCACGGCGCUGGAACUGGCGAUCCUGUCGGAGAGCAAGACGCUGAUGAGCUCACCCGCGUGUCUGCGAGUCGUGAAUGCCGUGAACGAGGGGCAGGUGGUGUACACGCCGAUAUCCUUUGUCGAUAUCUUGCCGGAUCAUUACAAAUAUCAUCCAGUGUCGUUAUAUGAUCCGCGCAAAGCACCGCUGCUGAACCAUUAUCGGUUGAUUGUUCCGAAAUGGAGGAACUUGCUCGAGUCCAUGCAGUUCAUGAUAUUGCUGGGAUUAUACAUCCUGACCAUGGUGAACCGAAGCAAUCCGGCUUCUCAGAGACUCUAUGAGAGCCUGUUUGCCAUAUUUUCGGCGGGAUGGAUCCUAGACGAGUUUGCGGCUAUCAUUGAGCAUGGAUGGGCGGUGCAUGCUCAGAAGACGUGGGCGUUCCUGGACGUGACCUUUACCAUCAUCUUCUGCGCCUAUCUCUCAGUGCGUGUGUACGAUAUCUGGAUCUCUGUCGCCCAUAGCUUGGACGGCACAGACUCUCUGGCACUGCAUAUCCUAUGCGUUGCAGCACCGGUACUGCUGACUCGAUUUGCAUUUAGUCUCAUGCCGGACAAUAUCGUCUUCAUCUCGCUGCACGCCAUGAUGAAAGACUUUCUUAUGUUGACAUUCCUCACGCUGUGGUGCGUGGGAGGCUUCUUCCUGGCGUUGCAGUGGCUCCUGAUGACCAGCCAAGGCUCAGAUCCCAAGUGGUACACCGUAGCCAAGUGGCUUCUAUGGAUCUGGUUUGGACUCGACGGCACGGGCAUUCAAGAAUCUGUGCAGUUCCACGUCGUGCUCGGCCCAGCCUUGAUCGUGGCCUUUGCCUUCUUGGGCAACACGCUGUUCCUCACGAUUCUUGUCGCCGUGCUUACCAACACGUUCUCGCGUAUCGUCGACGCCGAGGCCGCUGAGAUUCAAUUCCGCCGCGCAGUGCUCACGUUUGAGUGCGUGAGGAGCGACGCCAUCUUUGCCUACCCGCCGCCAUCCAACAUGCUGGCUCUAAUGUUGAUGCUGCCCCUGAAGCUGCUCGUCUCGGCACGCGAUUUCCACUCCAUCCACGUUGCCAUUGUACGGGUUCUCAAUUUCCCCGUCCUCAUAUUCAUAAGCUUGUACGAGCGCAGCUUUUUCAGAAUCGGUGAAUCAAGCCGAGGGAAGAGGUCGAACCAACUGCUUAGAUGGCGCUUCACCGGCUUCAACCCCCAUGGCGACAUCGAGGCGGUCUUUGAAGCGGAUCCGCCGCCGGAAGUGGCGGCUGAGGCUGGCGAGCUGGAUGGACUUAGUGAGCUUGGAUUCACAGAUGAUGGCAUCUCGAGGUCGUCUAGGGACAUCAGGAGACCUGUUGUUUUUAGGCUGAGCAACUCCAAGAGCAGAGACGAGACGCUGGAGAUGCUGGGCAGGGGAGGGAGUCCCGGGGCCGAGGUGAUAGGAGGGUCUCAAGCGUAG